GUAAUAUUGCGAAAUACCCUAUUACUGAAUCUCGCUAAAAGUACUGUGUCGGUUGAAGAUCAUCCCCGAUCUCCCACAAACGUAGAAUCUGCUUUAUACCUUUCUGUUGUUCUGUUCUCUGCGACUUUACCUUUCCGCUAACGUUGCUGCUGCCUGCAAAUCGCUCUCACAGUUUUAACUUCAAGACGUUUAUCACUUAUUGUUACUUUUAUUCAUUUUGAUUUUCGUUUCUUCUCUUCUUACCACCGCCUCCCUUUCUGUUGAUAUUGGUGUUCUCCUCUAUGAAAUUUUCUAUUUUCUAGUGAUAUCAAGUCAGCUACGCUGUCUUUUUUUGGAUUGUUUUUCUUUUUUUUACUUCCGCACUCGUCGCUGUGGAGUAAUCGUUGCUUCGAAGUGAUUUCUUCAGCACGUGCGUUCAGCAAAAAGCCGUUCGCGGGAGCAGGCGCAAUAAGACUCAUUUAAUGGGAUUCCACUUUAGCACCAAAGUAGUAACACUUACCCCUUUCCUGUUUUGCACUCUAUGUUGAGAAGAAAGGUGAACAAUGAGCUCUACAUUAACUGUGCUAUUUUUUUUAAUACUGUUCAACUUAUCUGCGAGUAUCAUUCAAGGUGUCACCGGGUUCGGCGAUGCCAUUCUGCUGCAAGUGCUGUGGUACACCGCCACGGUCAUCUCACCGGAUAUUUUUAAUGCCACCGCCCUCGGCGACUCCCCGGUCCGAGCAGUGACGCUGCUCAUGUACUGUCGCAUUGUGUUUUCCACACCUGUCCUGGCGUACAUGAGUUUGCACGAUGGAGUCUUCUCGCUUCAAAUGACAAUCGCCAUGGCCAUUCCCUCGACCUUGACUGCGUUGGGUGGGAUCUUCAUCUUCAGGGGCGCCACCAGCGAGGAGCUGAAGCUGGUACUGGGCAUCUCCGGUCUCGCCUUCGCCGCCAUGUACGUCGUCACGCUCAUCGCGAAGUACGUCCUGCGCAGGCGCAAGCUGCGUCGCCUCGGCGCUGGCCAGCACCACGGCGCGGCGAUGGAGGCGACGGCCGUGACGAUCCUGCCGGAGACGGACGCCGUGGAGGCGGACCUCAACGCAAGCCGCAACUCGAGCUUCACACGCGAGUCGGCUCCACAGAACGGCGGACAGCCGUCGGUGGAUGCGGCCUCGCCCGCCUUCGUCAGCAUCUCCACCGGCUCCCCGUUCCGCCGCACGGAGGCGGAGGCGCGCGAGGUGACGGAGUCGGGUGCCGGGGUGGAGGUGCCGCCGCUGACGCCGUCGAAGUUGUCGCCGUCCAACACCAUGUCGUACACCCGCGUGCGUGUGAACCGCAACCUGGAUGAGAACGGCAAGAUCAAGCUGUCCACGAAGAUUGGCGCUGCCAUUGCAGCGGCGGUCUCUGGGAUUAUGGGCUCCCUGACCGGUGUGGGCGCGCCUCCGCAGAUUAUGUUUAUUCUGCUUUUCGACGUGCCGCAGUACAUCAUGCGCGUCAACUUCGCCAUGCAGUCCAUUCCGAGCGCGGCCCUCCGCUUCAUCUACGCCUGCUCCACGGGCCUGUUCACGAAGGAGAUGAUUCCGCUGUUUGCGACGUCCGUCAUCAGCGGUUAUCUCGGCAUUUAUUUCGGUGUGAAGCUCGGUAAAAUGCUCGGUCCUAAGAGCUACAACGUCUUCGUGUUGGUGCUGCUGCUGCUUUCCUCGCUGGUGAUGAUCACGGAAAGCGUUGCCGUGCUGGUCGGCUUCACGGCGUGCACCACCCUCCUCACCGUCGGUGCGGCCGUCUACGAGCACCGGCAGACUGCCGCCAAGGUGAAGCUGCAGGUGGAGAUGGAGACGGAGCUGGAGGAGCGGCGCAGAGGUGCGGCACCGAACACCCCCACCGGUGCUGCAAGCGGCAGUGCCACCCCGCCCCCCGCAGACGCGCCGAAGGCUAGUCAGACCGCCGCCGCGGCGCCCGGUCCUCGCUCUACGCUGCUGUCACGACAGGCCACGGCGGACGCCACGCCGCCCUCGCCGUCCCUCUCCAGCGAGACGAGGGACCCCGCGUGCUCGCGCACCGUCAGCUGCCCGGCGCUGGCGGACACGGCGAGCGUGUCGACCGGCGUCAGCAGCCGCACCUCGAGCCGCAUCCGCCGUGCCGAGCAGCACCGCCCUCCGCCUCUCUGGGAGUACGUCGACGGCACACGCACGGGAGCCGCGGAGGCUGCUGCCGCUGCUACUCGUGUCACGGCUAACGCGGCUGCGCGAGCACGGUCAAUGCUGGUCAGCGUGCCUGCGGCUGGCGAGAUCGCCGCGCAGAAGCCGCUGGCGGCGGACGGGAGGCGGGGGAUGGGUGCUGAGGAGGUGAAGCGGUGGGUGGAGUUGCAGGAUGAGGAGAUCGAUGCAAUGUUGCCCCACACUCUAGAGCCAAUUCGAGGAGCUGAAGAGUAG